CAUACGCAUGUAGAUCACGCAGAUCCUCCACAUAAUUCCUUUUCGUAACGAAAUUGCUUAUUUGUCUAGGAAACUCACAUUUCUACCUUUGGCACCACCAGAAAACAUCAUAUUUGAGAAGCGACUGUGAGUAUCAUAACGUUGGUCUUAUUUAUGAGUGUUGUUCAACAAUCUGAGACGCCUUUGUCCUACUCCGAUCUUGCUUUUCGUGCUAGCAAUUUCUCCUUCAAUGCGAACCUCCCAUUGAAAAAUUGGCUAAGAACCUCACAGACUAUCUUAAAACAGGCUCAUGUCUACGUACUAGAAAAAGAUUAUUCCAACGGAAUAUUCCUCUUGAUACGCUAUAGUGAACUAUUUCUAAAAUGUCAACAACAUCCUGAGUCCCAAGGGUACCGAAAACAGCUGUUCGAAUACUUUCAGAUUGUUAAGAAUGAUGUCUUACAAGAAAUUGAGCUUUUGAAACCUUUGGUAGAAAAACAAUAUGAAGAACAUAAAAAGAGGCAGGCGUCAGUUAAAACCAAACAAAUGAGACCAUCACCUCAAUUAGAACGACAACCAUCGCCGAUUUCUGAACCACAGUUAGAACAGUUGGCGCUCUCUGAGCUACAAAUUCUUCCACGAGAUGCAUCCAAUGAAUUACUAUCUAGUGUUUCAUCUUCUUCCUCCAGACCAAUUUUUGAUUAUUCUUCUCUUCAAUCAUCUUUGGAUUCUACUUAUUCCGCUCCAGUACCCGAUUCUCAACCUUUGAUUAGUCCUUCCAAACCGUUGAAUCAUACUUCUAUUCCUCAAUCCCUAACUCCUGAAAUAUCUUUGGGUAACCAAAAGGCCCACAUAACUCAAGCUUCAGAUCCCAAAAAGCCUCAGGGAUCUUUCAAAAUUCGUGCUUAUACGGAAGGAGGGAAGCCCUUGCGAACAGUUUAUCUGCCGAAGUCUCUAAAAUCAAAGUUCCUUCGAAUUGCUGAACCGAAUACCAAAAAGCGAUUAGAAACAUGUGGUAUUUUAUGUGGAAAGCUGAGGCAGAAUGCAUUUUUUAUUACACAGCUCGUCAUUCCUUCUCAGGAAGCUACAACAGAUACAUGUGGUACGACGGACGAAACAGCAUUAUUUGAUUAUCAGGAUAAACACGACCUUCUUACGUUAGGUUGGAUCCAUACGCAUCCUACGCAGACAUGCUUCAUGAGUAGUGUUGAUUUACAUACCCAUUGCUCUUACCAGUUGAUGCUCCCUGAAGCUAUCGCCAUUGUUAUGUCUCCUUCCAAGACGCCAGAUUCCGGUAUUUUCCGUUUACUUGAUCCAAAGGGACUUGAAAAGGUCGUACACUGUCGAACACCGGGUUUAUUUCACAUGCACGAAGGACAAGUUUACACAAAAAUAAACCAAAACGGGCAUAUCAGAGAAAUUGAUUCCAGCGUGGAAACAGUGGACCUUCGUUAGAAUUGAAAAGCCAAUGCUUAUUUUAUCUUCUUUCUUUCUUUGUAUUCUUUCCUUUUGUUAUGGUAUGAGUUUUCUCAAAUUGCUUUUCGUCUAUGUUUCUUCUAAUAUAAUAUUUAAUUCUCAUGUCACACAUUAAAUCCCCAUAUUGUAUACAAAUUCUU